AUGCCGCUAGUGCCGCAGGACGUAAGAGGAGUGAGUACCCGUGCAAUGGCAGAAGCGCAGCGUGUGAGGGAAGAGAGUGCUGCAGCUCAAACCAGCGAUGCAGAAGCCAAGCCUGUGCAGGUGGAUCUACUGCUACAGCUGCAGCAAAUGAUGGUAGAGCAAGCGCGCCGCCAAGAAGAACAGCUACGGGAGCUGAAAGAAGAUCAAGCUCGUCGCCAAGAGGAGCAAGCUCGUCGCCAAGAGGAGCAAGCUCGUCGCCAAGAGGAGCAUGCACGCUGUCGGGCGGAGCAGCUACGGGAGCUGAAAGAGGAUCAAGCUCGCCGCCAAGAGGAGCAAGCGCGUCGCUUGGAAGACAUGCAUAAGGAUUUCACGAAGGGACUGCAAAAGGCUGUCGAACGGGUACAAGAAGUGGAGGAAGGGUUAGGCAAGUUGGAACAUCGCGUCAAGGCGAUAGAGGAGAGAGUGGAAGAAGAGAUCUCCAAAAUCAAGCAGGAAGUGGCAAGCCCAAGCCCUUUGAAGAGCCGAAGCCGUCUUGCAGCCGUUUUUGAAGCCCCAAAUGCGGUUUUAAGUGCAACGAAAGGGCUUAAGAUUCCCCAUUACGACGGAACAACAUCCUGGACCGCGUUCAAGCUACAGUUUGAGACACUUAUGGAGGCUUAUGGUUGGACUCAGAAGGAAGCACAGUCAGCCCUUACCCUGGCCCUCCGUGAUCAAGCGCUCUCAGUGCUGGAAGCUAUCGGCGCAAGUGGGGAUCUCAGCUUUAGUGCCCUCCUCGACGCACUUGAAGCACGUUUUGGAGACAGCCACCUCGAGCACGUGUACAGAGCGCAAUUAAAAGAGCGUACUCAGCGUGCUAAUGAGAGUCUACAGCAAUGGUCCGUGGAAAUCGAGAAACUUGUGCGUCGAGCUUUCCGGUCGACUCCGUCAAUGAUUGAAGGCACUCUUCUCCAAGCAUUCAUUGACGGUGUUCGGGACCCCGAAGUACGAGCUGCUGUUCAUCUGGGCCAUCGCAAGAACAUGAAAGAAGCUCUGGCCCAUGCAUUGGAAGUGGAAGCCGUGCGUGGUAACUCCCGUACCUUACGUCUGCAGGAAAUGACGACAACGGAGCAGCCAUCAGUUCCACAUCCAGGCUUCGAUGGAAUCUUUGAAGCAUACGAGUCUAACGCAUGUCCUCAAAUGUCUUUUGAGGGUAAAACGGGGUCUCCAGUUGGAACCAUUGACUGCCUUACUUUAAACGUCUACGUGCCGAGUGUUGCGACGUCUCAACACCCCUUACCUGUGAUGGUGUGGAUACAUGGAGGUUAUUUCAUCCUCGGCAGUGGAGAUUCUGUUGGUAGUCCUGAAUUUUUAUUGAGAAAUGACGUCAUUGUAGUAACAAUCAACUUUAGACUUGGUGUUUUCGGUUUUAUGUGCUUAGAUCAUCCAGAAAUUUCUGGAAAUCAAGGUCUUAAAGACCAAGUGUUAGCCCUGAGAUGGAUCAAUGAAAAUAUUGAAGCUUUCGGAGGAGAUCCCACACAAAUUACAGUAUUUGGGGAAAGUUCUGGUGGCAUGUCAAUAAAUCUACAUUUGUUAUCGUCAUACGAACCCCUAUUCCAGAAAGCAAUCAUUCAAAGUGGUCCUGCUGUUAGUCCAUGGGUGUUAGGAGAACCUGAUAAUACAGUACCUAUAAAACUUGCAAGAGGUUUGGGUUUCUUUACCGAAGAUAUAUCAGAAGCUAUUGAUUUUCUUUCAUCUGUUGAUCACCAUAAAUUGGUGAAAUUAGCUCAUGGAUUAAAGUUAACAAACUUUAUGACACUGGAGAGCACGCCUGCAACAUUGCCUUGUGUUGAAAAGAAUACUCAAGGUGUUGAACAUUUCAUAACAGAAUAUCCUAUGAACAUAAGAUCAACUAAACUUAGAACUGUACAAGUAAUAUUUGGUAACUCUGCCAAUGAAAUGCACAUGGGAUACACUCUUAAUGAAGUAGAGGGAUUUUUAGAUUAUAGCUUAAAUGUAAUUCGGACAGUAUAUGACUUGGGUGAUACCGAAGAAGAAGACUUGGAUGAUAUCAAACAUUUCUAUAUAGGAGAUGAAGAGGCAGGUGAAAGUACAAAGAUCGAAAUAACUAACUUUGCAUCAGAUGUUUUAUUUAAUCAUCCUACAGAGAAAAUGGCAGACAGACUUUUGGAAAUUGGUGCUAGAUCUGUGUACAGAUAUAUUUUUUCAUACAGCGGAGACAGAAAUGUGAUAAAAAUAAGACUGAACGUGAAUGCGACUGGAGCUGUUCGAGCUGAUGAGCUUGGAUAUCUGUUUGAUAGUGAUGAACUUACUGGUGAUAUUACUCCUGAAGAUCAGAUCAUGAUUGAUAGAAUAACAAUGUUAUGGACUAAUUUUGCUAAAUACGGAAACCCAACACCCACGACUUCAGAGCUACUGCCAGUCGUAGAAUAUUUAUCUGAAAACUUAGACAUGUGGUCAGUAGCAUUGGUGAUAUCGUUAUUUGAGUUAGCCCAAGGUCAUUCUCGGGUUGACCCUCUUGUCUCAACCAAAAGCGGUCUUAUUCGCGGACUUCGGACCAACAGUGGAUACGCGCAAUUUCUUGGUGUACCUUAUGCAGAAGUGAAUAAAACCAAUCCAUUUGGACCAGCAACUCCACAUCCAGGCUUCGACGAUAUCUUUGAAGCGUAUGAAUCAAAUGUAUGUCCUCAAAUGUCUUAUGAUGCUGUGGUUGGAACUAUUGACUGUCUCACCUUGAACAUUUAUGUACCAAGUACUGCUAGCUCUAAAAACCGAUUACCAGUCAUGGUAUGGAUACAUGGAGGCUACUUCAUCGUCGGCAGUGGAGACGCUGUCCGCAUUCCAGAAUACUUGUUAAGAAAUGACGUCAUUGUCGUAACAAUUAACUAUAGGCUCGGCGCUUACGGCUUCAUGUGUUUAGAUAUUCCAGAGGUAUCUGGAAAUCAAGGGCUUAAAGAUCAAGUGUUAGCUUUGAGGUGGAUUAAUGAAAACAUAGAGGCUUUUGGAGGAGAUGCUAGACAAAUCACGGCGUUCGGCGAAAGCGCUGGUGGAAUGUCAGUAAAUCUACACUUAUUAUCGAAUUACGAACCAUUAUUUCAAAAAGCUAUUAUUCAGAGCGGUCCUGCUGUAAGUCCAUGGGUAAUGAAAGAAACUGAUAACAAUGUACCUAUAAAACUAGCUGAAGCAUUGAAUUUUCCCACUGAUGAUGUAUCUGAAGCUAUAGCUUUCCUUUCAACAAUAGAAGUUCAUACAUUAGUAAAACUGGCCUAUGAUUUAAAAUUAACAUUUUUUAUGAGUCUAGAAGACAGUCCAUCUACUAUACCGUGUGUUGAAAAGAAAAUGGAAGGCUUUGAACAGUUUUUAACAGAUUAUACAAUGGGCAUAGAAUCGACUAAGCUUAGAAAUGUAUCAGUGAUACUUGGUGUAACAAGUAAUGAAAUGUUUAUGGGAUAUGGCACUGCUGAUGAUGAUUUUUUUAGAGAUUUUGAUUUUACUGUAUUAAAUACAGCACUAGAUUUAGGCGAGAAAUUCGAAGAAGCAGUAGAAGAUGUCAGACAUUUCUAUAUAGGCGAUGAAGACACUAGUGAAAAAUUUAAAGAUGAAAUUACAAAUUUCUCUUCAGAUGUUUUAUUUAAUCAUCCCACAGAAAAAAUGUCCAAAAGACUUUUAGAACUUGGUGCAAAAUCUGUAUUUAGGUACAUUUUCUCCUACAGUGGUGGGAGAAAUGUUAUUAAGAUAAGAUUGAACCUGAACGGCACUGGAGCUGUGCAUGCUGAUGAACUUGGAUAUUUGUUUGAUAGUGGUGAACUGACUGGUGAUAUUUCUCCUGAAGAUCAGCUCAUGAUAGAUAGAAUGACAACAAUGUGGACCAACUUCGCUAAGUAUGGAGAUCCAACGCCAUCAACGUCAGAGUUAAUCCCUGCCAAAUGGGAACCAAUAACGAAGAACACACAUCCUUACCUGAAUUUGGAUUCAGACCUCACACUUGAAAGUAGACCAUUCUAUAAUAGAAUGGUUUUCUGGGAUCUAUUUCACAUGGUUUAUAUAAAUGGCGAAGAUAAAGAAACUAAACAUUAA